AUGUCUCAACUUCGCUUCGAUAACCAGGUCGUCGUCGUCACUGGCGCCGGCGGUGGUCUGGGGAGAGCAUAUGCCUUGUACUUUGCUUCCAAGGGUGCUGGCGUCGUCGUCAAUGAUCUAGGCGCCUCACAUUCUGGAGAAGGCCAGUCGUCAAAGGCUGCGGAUGUCGUUGUCGAUGAAAUCAAAGCUGCUGGCGGAAAGGCCGUUGCCAACUACGACAGUGUCGAGUUUGGUGACAAGAUCAUAGACACCGCUAUUAAGGCGUUCGGUCGUGUCGAUAUCCUGAUCAACAAUGCUGGAAUCCUCAGAGAUGUCAGCUUUAAGAACAUGAAAGAUCAGGACUGGGAUAUAAUCGACAAGGUCCACCUUUACGGAGCAUACAAGUGUACCAAAGCUGCUUGGGCCCAUUUCAGAAAACAAAAGUUCGGCCGAGUGAUUAACACCACCUCUGCCGCUGGUUUGUUCGGUAGCUUUGGCCAGACCAACUAUUCCGCUGCCAAACUUGCGCUGGUCGGACUCACCGAGACUCUUGCAAAGGAGGGUCUCAAAUAUAACAUCCACUCCAAUGCCAUUGCACCAAUUGCUGCUAGCCGCAUGACGGAGACUGUUAUGCCCCCGGAGCUCCUGGCCAACCUAAAACCUGAAUUCGUUGUUCCUAUUGUUGCCUAUCUCGUUCACUCCUCCACCACCGAGACCGGUAGCAUAUUCGAGGCCGGAGCUGGCCAUGUUGCUAAGAUCCGCUGGGAGCGAUCCAAGGGUGCCUUGAUGAAGGCUGAUGACACUUUCACCCCUGGUUCUCUCUUGAAGAGAUGGGAGGAUGUCAACGACUUCUCCAAGCCUACAUACCCCACCGGCCCUGCCGAUUAUGUGGAAUUGAUCCAAGAGUCGAUGAAGCUGCCAGCGAACCCCAAAGCUGAGGAGCCAGACUUCACCGGAAAGGUUGCUUUGAUUACUGGUGCUGGAGCAGGACUUGGCCGAUCUUACGCCCUCAUGUUCGCCAAACUUGGUGCAUCUGUCGUCGUCAACGACCUUAUGAACCCAGAGCCAGUUGUCCAGGAGAUUAUCAAGGCCGGUGGAAAGGCCGUCGGCUCCAAGGCUUCUUGUGAGGACGGACCAGCCAUUGUUAAGACUGCCAUUGACAACUUUGGCCGCAUUGACAUCGUUGUCAACAAUGCCGGCAACCUUCGUGACAAGGCUUUCACCAACAUGGAUGACAAUCUCUGGACCUCCGUUGUGAAUGUUCACCUUAGAGGUACCUACAGUGUGACCAAGGCUGCAUGGCCAUACUUCUUGAAGCAGAAGUUUGGACGUGUUGUCAACACCACCUCCACCAGCGGUAUCUACGGUAACUUCGGCCAGGCCAACUACGCAUCUGCUAAACUCGGUAUCCUUGGUUUCUCCCGUACCCUUGCUCUUGAGGGUGCCAAGUACAAUAUCCGCGUCAACACCAUUGCUCCUAACGCAGGUACUGACAUGACCAGAACCAUCAUGCCAGAGGAGCUUGUUCAGGCCUUGAGCCCUAACCAAGUCGCUCCGCUUGUCGUACUUCUCUGCUCUGAGAUGCUCCCAGAACCUGCUACCAAGGGUCUCUACGAGUGUGGCAGUGGAUGGACCGGUAAGACCAGAUGGCAACGAUCUGGCGGCCACGGUUUCCCGGUUGAUGCUGACCUUACCGUCGAGGAGGUUGCCAAGGUCUGGCCCAAGAUCAUCGACUUCGACGACGGUCGUGCCGACCACCCAGACGACACUCUUGCUGGUACUGAGAGUAUCAUGGCCAACAUCAACAACAAGGUUGGAGGAGCCAAGAAGGAAGAGGCACCCAAGGGUGGUGACCAGAGUGUCCUGGACAACAUUUCUAAGGCCAAGGCCAUGAAGGCUGAAGGCACCACAUUCGACUAUGUUGAUAAGGAUGUCAUCCUCUACAGUCUCAGUCUGGGAGCUAAGAGGACUCAGCUACCACUUGUGUACGAGAACCACGAGGAUUUCCAGGCCCUGCCUACCUACGGUGUCAUUCCAUGGUUCAACACCGCCCACCCCUGGAACCUGAACGACCUUGUCGCCAACUUCUCGCCCAUGAUGCUUCUGCACGGCGAGCAAUACCUCGAGAUCAGGAAAUACCCAAUUCCAACCGAGGCCAAGACCAUCUCCUACCCCAAGCUCAUCGAUGUUAUCGACAAGGGUAACGCUGCCAUCGUCGUCGUAGGAUAUACCACCAAGAACGCAAAGACCGGCGAAGACCUCUUCUACAACGAGUCUACCAUGUUCAUCCGUGGCAGCGGUGGAUUCGGCGGCUCAAGCAAGCCUACCGCAUCCCGCCCAGCUGCUGCAACUGCCUCUUACAAGCCCCCACAGCGCAAGGCCGACGUCGUCGUCGAGGAGAAGACUGGUGAAGACCAAGCUGCUCUCUACCGCCUCAACGGUGACCGCAACCCUCUCCACCUCGAUCCCGACUUCAGCAAGAUGGGUGGCUUCAAGACUCCUAUCCUGCACGGCCUCUGCUCUCUCGGCAUCUCCGGUAAGCACAUCUACGAGAAGUUCGGCGCCUUCAAGAACCUGAAGGUGCGCUUCGCUGGUGUCGUGCUGCCAGGCCAGACUCUCAGGACUGAGAUGUGGAAGGAAGGAAACGUCGUGGUCUUCCAGACCACCGUUGUCGAGACUGGCAAGCCUGCUAUCGCCGGAGCUGGUGUCGAGCUGGUCUCUACCGGAAAGGGUAAAUUGUAA